AAGCAGUAGCUAUUUUAUUUAACCUGCUGGUUUGAUAUUUCCGUGCAAAUGGCAUUUUAAACUACAAGCUUAAACUACAAUUGCUACCAUUAUACAGGCAUGCUAUCAAUGUGGAAUUUUUUAAAACGACACAAGAAGAAAUUCAUCUUUGUUGGUGCAGUUGCAGGCGGUGUUUAUCUACUGGGGAAGUAUGCACAAAGAAAAAUCAGAGAAAUCCAAGAGAGAGAGGCUGCUGAAUAUAUUGCUCAAGCACGACGACAGUAUCAUUUUGAGAGUAAUCAAAGGACUUGCAAUAUGACAGUGUUAUCGAUGCUUCCAGCCCUGAGAGAGGGUUUAAUGCAACAGCUCAACUCUGAGAGUUUAACCAGCCUUUUAAAAAACAAACCCUCAAACAAGUUAGAAAUAUGGGAAGAUUUAAAAAUUAUAAGUUUCAGUAGAAGCAUUGUAGCUGUUUACAGUACAUGUAUGCUUGUUGUUCUUCUUCGUGUUCAGUUAAACAUUAUUGGAGGAUAUAUCUAUCUCGACAAUUCAUCUCUGACAAAGAAUGGCACUACUCUUCAAGCAUCCCCAGAGGUGCAACAACAAUAUCUAUCCAGCAUUCAACACCUCCUAGGAGAUGGUCUUUCAGAGCUAAUAACUGUUGUGAAGCAAGCAGUCCAGGGGGUGCUAGGCAGCUUUUCUCUGAAGCACUGCUUCUCACUCACUGAGCUGGAACAAAAGAUAAAAGAAAUCCGCAGCCUUGUAGAGAAGAAAAAAGGCAGCUUAAAUGGGGAGGAGUCAGACAGCAAGUCAAAGCUAUGUCAGUAUUUAAUGCCUGAUGAAGAGAAUCCACUGACCACACAGGCCUAUGGACUAACGGAAAAAGAUGUUUUAACAAUCAGGCUGCUUAAUGAAACCAGGGAUAUGCUUGAAAGUGAAGAUUUUAAAACAGUACUGAAUUCAUGUUUGAGCCGUGGUUUUGGGCGACUUCUAGACAGCACUGCAGAAUUUUUCCGACCAACUGACCGGGAAAUGAACCAAGAUAAUACACUGCACAGCAUCAGCCUUCCACUGGCCAAAAUUAUUCCUAUUAUAAAUGGACAGAUCCACUCCAUAUGUAGUGAAAUGCCCAAUCACUUUGUUCAGGACCUUCUCCUAAUGGAACAGGUGAAGAACUUUGCAGCCAAUGUAUAUGAAGCUUUCAGCACACCACAACAGCUGGAGAAGUAGCAGCUACUGAAACAAAUACAGACUUACAAGAAAUCUCUCCAAAAUUAAGUGGAGCAUCAAUGUUUACAGACUGUGUGUCACAUUCCUCUUAAUUCUAGUAAUUAAUAUAAAUUUAGGUUUACUAGAUGGAUCAUUGGCCUCCUAUGAAAGCAGCAGUAAGGUUCCUUGUAGAAGACUUGUACUUAAUUCCAGUGCUGCUGGUGGAGUAGUACUUCCCAUCUCAUUAAGUUUAUUUGAUAAUACAGCAAACAUGAGCAUAUGCAUGCAUUGGAAUCAUUUAACAGUGCAGUCAUACAGCGAAAUGCAGUUUUUCUCAUAAAUUAUAUAUUUUUUGUUUUGACCGAACAUCUAGGAUUGCUUUUAAAACGAUAACCAAAAAAUAAAUGUAUACAGUUUAUUAAAAUGUCAGAUACACUAUUUAAUCUUCGUUUUCCCUUAUGCACGGUUCCAUAUAUAAAUAAUGCUACAAGGCAGUAGGUGUGAAUGAGACUGAUAAAUAUAAACAGUAUGAAUAGAAAGUUAAUAAGAAGUCACAGUAAGUAUACAGUUGUAGCCUCACAGAGCAAUAGGCUUUUUUUGUCUGACAGUGAGUGGCCCCAUUUAAAAAGUGGAAAGUGGAGAAUGAAGACCUGUUAAAAGGAUUAAUGCAAAGCUUGUGCUGGUACUAUAUAAAAAAUAAUAAUGAUGAUGAUGGAUAGGACAGUCUAUAACAUCAGAAAUUAAUUUAAAGGUGAACUACCUCUUUUAGAAAUAACCAGACUCAGUAGCCAUAUAUUUUUAGACCUUAAAGGGGACCUGUCACCCAGACAUAAAAAGCUGUAUGAUAAAAGUCCUUUUCAAAUUUAAACCCAAAUUCCUUUUUUAUUAACACACCCAUAUCUAUUAUAAAGGCAUUUAAAAAUCCCAGCUGUCAAUUAUAUAUUGCCGAUGAUUAGCCUUCAAUUUCCAUUCAGCACUCACUUUCCCCCUUUCUCUUCACCAUCUAAAUGUGUAGCCAGUGCAUUGCCAUGGGCAUUAGGUCUCCCAUUCUGGUACAUAAACAAGAUUUUGGAAUGAUACAGAGGGGUUGUUCACCUUUGUACAACCUACACGGGGGGCGUCGUCGCAGCAGACUUAACUCCUAUUGGUUUUGUCUCCAGUUCGUCUGACACUGCUUCCUGUGUCUGUGAAUCUAACAUAACAGUGUGUUAGCUUUGUGAUAUGCAGAGUGCCUAUGCCACUGCAAGGAAGAAAUUAACAAAUGGUCUUUUAAUUUAUGUAACUGGUUAAAGUGCACAAGCAAUCAACUAAUUGGUCCAAUAGGAAAAGUAAGAGCAAAGCCUGGACAUGAUGAUGUAAGUAUGUAGGAAGUUCUCAGUGUGUCGGGUUCAAAAUAGGCCACUCCCAUCCCUUCAGAAAACUAAUCAGAGAGACAGAAGGACUGAUUUAACAGGCAUAAACACCCUAAGAGCAUUGUUGGUGCUUUAAUAAGAUUUGGACAUUAAAGUUGAUCAACCCCUUUAAUUGCUUACAAAAUGGCAUCUGCCUGCUUGCUGUAAUUGUGUAAUUCCAAGAAUGAAUUUUUAUUAUUAUAUUAUUUAUAUAGCAUAAAUGAAGUGUAUUUGGCUUUGCAAAUACGAUGGAAAAGAAUUUGUGGAAUUAUUUUUUACGGCGACAGGUCCCCUUUAAGAUUGUUAAAGCAAUCAAGUUACACUUCCUGAUUUGAUAAGUUUAGGCUGAUCUCAUUAGUGCACUAAAAAGUAUUAACUAUUCCUUAGAAAUUAAUUUGCUUGGGUACAAGUAAUUCACUAAUGGUUAAAACAUGCAAUUUUAAUUUCUUCUGUUGUUUUCUAGGUAAUUUAAUAGUGUAGGUUUUCAAGCUGUACACUGCACAUCUCUCUGUACAGCCUCUUGUAGAUAUCUUUUAUCAAUAAGUUGGCCACCAAACCUCUGUAUUUCAAUAAACUGUUUUUAAAUGAA